UUGUUUUUGAUAACCAAUAAUACCCAUUUCACAAUUUUCAAUUCUCAAUCUUACCCACAAAUUAUUUCAUCAAUUUCUCCCAAAAAAUCAUAUAAAGAUGACUGCUUGUAUUCAUAGUUCAUCCAGAACACAAAUUCUUGAAAAUUUUGAGUGUAAUCAAAAAUUUGCCAAAUUUUGUAGGCAAGAUUACCCUGCAGAACAAUUUUCUUGCAAGCCCAUCUCCACAAUUACUAUAAAUAACUAUCAAAAUGGCAAAACCAUCUCUGAAAUUACUAUAAAUAACCAUCAUGAUCAUAAUCAAGAUCCUGAUGAUGAUGGGCUAUGGUUAAAAAUGAAAGAAGAAGCAAGAUUUGAUAUUGAUCAAGAGCCCAUAUUGUCAACUUAUUAUUUGAGCUUAAUCUUGGCCCAUUCUUCAUUAGAAAGUGCUCUAGCUAAUUAUAUUUCUAUAAAGUUGAGUACUUUAAGUUUGUCUAGUGCAAUCCUAUAUGAUCUUAUCAUGGAUGUGAUGACAGAUGAUCAAGAAAUUAUUAAAGCUGUUAAACAUGAUUUAAAAGCUGUUAAAGAAAGGGACCCAGCUUGUAUAAGUUAUGUGCAUUGUUUUCUAAACUUCAAAGGAUUUAUUGCUUGUCAAGCUCAUAGGAUAGCACAUUAUUUAUGGUUACAAGAUAGAAAGACUUUAGCACUUUUGAUUCAAAGUCGAGUUUCUGAGGUUUUUAAUAUCGAUAUACAUCCUGGAGCGAAGAUCGGUAGUGGAAUUAUGCUUGAUCAUGGUAGCGGAAUUGUAAUAGGAGAAACCGCGGUGAUUGGGAAUAAUGUGUCUAUUUUGCAUAAUGUGACAUUGGGUGGCACUGGAAAAACCGGUGGAGAUAGGCAUCCUAAAAUUGGUGAUGGUGUGUUGAUUGGUGCAGGGACUUGUGUUUUAGGGAAUAUUUUGAUUGGUGAAGGGGCGAAAAUUGGGGCUGGUUCAGUUGUCUUGAAAGACGUGCCUGCUAGAACUACUGCUGUCGGAAAUCCUGCUAAGUUAAUUGGAGGAAAAAAGAAUCCUAUUAAGCUUGAUAACAUUCCUAGUCUUAGUAUGGAUCAUAUGGAACAUGUGGAUGAAUGGUCUGAUUAUGUUAUUUAAAAUAACAAUGAGAUAUUCUUUGUACGGUUUACUUUGGUAUUGGGUCAUUUGAUGUGGAAGUACGGACUUGUGUAGAGGACAUCGUAUGAGCGUGUGUAUAUAUGGGCAGAUACGUGUAAAAGGUACAAUAUACGCACGUGAAUAUGCUAAAUUUAUUUUUCUUAUAGAGAAAUUGUAAUAACUUUUAUAAGUGAGAGUUAGGGCUCUCCCGGUGGAAAUGAUGGUUCCUAAUAAUGUACCUUCUAGGCUUUUAGUUAAACCAACAAUGUUGAAGGUAGAAUGUAGAUUAUGAUGAAUAAAGCAUUAUUAAAGCU